AUGUGCCAGGUGGAGUUUGAACUGGCCUGUGCUGCUGUUAAGCAGUUGAAGACGCCCCUAAGUGACCAGGAGAAACUGUCGGUGUACAGCUUAUAUAAACAGGCCACCCAGGGGGACUGUGACAUCCCUGCCCCUCCCAGCACCGAUGUCAAAGCCACAGCAAAGUGGGAGGCCUGGAGCAAGAACAAAGGAAUGUCCAAGAUAGAUGCCAUGAGGCUCUAUGUUGCCAAAGUGGAAGAACUGAAGAAAAACGACACUGGUUAG